CUUAUUUUCUUUUUGAAAUACUUUCUGCUAAUCUAGUUUAGGGAAUGUUCAAGUGUCAAGAUAUUUGUUGAAAAAUUGUUCUAUCACCAAAUCCACUCGUCGUCCCUAAACUGUAUUUGAUAAUCAUAUUCCGAAAAAAAUAAUUGAUAUUUAUAUUUAAUCUCAUCUCAUAACAUAACUUGAAGUGAUAAUGUCUGCCGGUACUGAAAAAGAGAAAGAAGGUGCACCAAAAAAUAGUCUUGGAAUUCCAGCUGCAAUUUUUGUUGAAGAUGUCGAAAGCUUUAUGAGAGAGGAAGAAAAUCAGGAAAAUGCCGAGCUCGUUCUUCGGAGGUUAGAUGAACAGCAUAGCAAGUACAAAUUUAUGGAAAUGAAUCUUUUGCGAAAAAAGAAAACGUUAAAAAGGCAAAUACCAGAUAUCAAAACAUCGCUUGAUAUGUUAAAACUUAUAAAUACAAAAAAGGAUAAUGAAGAUACUUUUGAUACACAAUUUAUGGUGUGUGAUGAUUUAUACAUAAAGGCAAAGGUUCCACCUACCAAUAAAGUUGGCUUAUGGUUAGGGGCCAACGUUAUGUUAGAAUACAGUUUAAAAGAUGCUGAAGGACUUUUAACGAAAAAUCUACAGACAGCCACUAAAAAUCUAUCACAGUUAGAAGAUGACCUUGAUUUCUUAAGAGACCAGCUUACAACUACUGAAGUCAAUAUGGCACGUGUAUAUAAUUGGGAUGUAAAACGCAGGGCGGCAGAAAAAGAAAAACAGCCCACGUUAUGAAAUGCAUCUUUUCAUUAGAUAUUUUGAAAUAAAUCUGAACCAUUUUAAACGUUUUCCCAUUUUUGCAUAGCCUUUUCGAGCAUGUUUGUUUAUUUAAUUGGAACUCACAACAAUUUUCUUUUCUGUUACUUUUAUUGAAAAAAGAUAUGUGUUUCUUUUUUAUACUACUGAACGAUACUAAUAAUGCUGAUGUGUUGCAGCUCCAAAUAAAAAUUUAAAAUUUUGAAUUAUUUGACUAUCUAUUGGCUUGCUGUUUUAACAUUUAUUCCUUUAAUUUUCUGUCUAAUUGAUGAAUAAAAUUAUUUAACUGCUAA